ACUCCUUGGGUGUUUUCAUCCCCAAGACAGAUGUUGCUGAUGCUGAAGGAGGGAGUAUGGGAAAGUACUCACUCAUUAAGCAUCCGUUUGUUACCAUGGUGACUGGAGAAUGACAAUGUUUCGUGUGAGUCACAUCUCUGUAAAUCGGCGACAGCAAUGGUCAUCUACUCAACACAGCUUUUUUGGCACUGUGCAGGUGAGAAGAAAACAGCCAUGCUUGAGGGGGCUUUUUCUGGGAGUUAUAGCUGGGAUCCUGCUCAUCAUUGGGAUAAUGCUGACAUGGAUAGCUGGAUUAAGUGGUAUUGUUGAAGCAGGCCCCAUCUUAAUCGGAUUUUCUCUCAUUGUGUUUCUGGUGGCUACCUGUCAGUUCUUACAAGCCAGAAAGGAACAUAUCUUGGAGAGGCAAGCAGAGGAGCUGAGAAGACAAACCAUUGCAACAAUGGAAGUGAAUCAAGAUGGUGAAAACCCUCCAGAAACUGUCAUUAUUGAGGCUGUCACUCCCAGUGAAAUGUACAGUAGUGCUGAUGACAAUGCUCCUCCUACCUAUAUGCAGGCUACUGAAUCUGAUCUUAAUCAGUCAGUUCUUCUACCGGAGGAAGUGAAUGAACAGCUGGAAGAUCCACCUUCUUACGUUGAAGCAAUGAGUACUUCCUGUGUGGAACUCAGCACAAGGGGGACAACUCCUGCUAGUGUAUGCUGGGUACCUCCUUACUAUCCUUACUUAUCUCCCCCUGAACAUUGUCACACAAGCCCCAGUGAACCUCCCAUAAUAAUGACAUCAUUAGACACGGAAGGGGUGGAAAACAAUGACCUUGAAAUAAGUUCAGAUAUUGACGAGCCCUCAGAGACCAGCAACCCAGACCAAACCAGAUGGGAAGUGUAGAAAUAGCUGCUUAUUGCUGUUGAUAUUGUACAGUAACGUAUGCGAUAUAUGUGUAUGCAAUAUCCUCAAACUUACUAGAUCAGAUGGAUCCGGUGCCAUUGGUUAUUUUCAAAUCUAUAUUAAUGAUGGAGUUUUGUUGAUAAGGGGACCAUCCCAUGCCAAUUUCUAUGUAUUGAAGAUUUAUUGCCCAGGAUACCUGCGCAGUUCAUAGGAGGUCAAAGGUUGGAGUCCCAGAGUCCAGCUAGUAGUUUCAUCCACAUGUUACGUGUGGUUAUGUUCUUUAUUACGUUGAAGUGAUCAGAUAUAAAUCAAAUUCAUGGAUGUGAAAGACACUGCUUAACAAGUACCCAUGUUCUGGAUCUGGCCUCAUGUCAUUAGAGGAGUACUAGAGGCUGACUGGAUCUGGCCUCAUAUCAUUAGAGGUGUACUAGAGGCUGACUGGAUCUGGCCUCAUGUCAUUAGAGUGUACUAGAGGCUGACUGGAUCUGUCCUCAUGUCAUUAGAGGAGUACUAGAGGCUGACUGGAUCUGGCCUCAUGUCAUUAGAGGAGUACUAGAGGCUGACUGGAUCUGGCCUCAUGUCAUUAGAGGUGUACUAGAGGCUGACAUACAGUUGUUGUGCAUUCAGUGGUUGGGCAAUCUGCGACCUGAAAAACAUAGCAUUCAUUUUACAUAUCAUACAGAUCCUACUAUGUUUUAAGUUACCUUUAGAUGGAGGUGUUAAAGUAACCUGAGUACAGAUGACUUGUAGACGUGAGCAGUCUUGCCUCAAUUUACUUUACCGUAAACUUUCAUUUGGUGCUUCUAUUUAAUUUGUUCAUUCUUAUUCAAUUUUAACAAAAGCCCAUGAAAACCAAAUAUUUGAUCUGGGCUAGUUGAAUAUGAUCUUUAACCUUUCAUGUAUGAAUUUUCUUAGAGCCAUGUCUAUAUGGUGAAAGACUGAUGAGCAAGUGAAAGAUUUCAAGAUUUAAGUAGACAUAUGAUUUAUGGCUUGUAUAAUAUUUGCUGGGAUUAUAGAAAGUGAACUUGGUAAAUCCACUUCACUUGAUGUUCUCAUGAAUACUGUAUUCAUCCCAUUGAGCACCCCUACCCCUAGAAGCUUCCUUUCAGGACUUUUUUUUUCAACUUUCAAAAGAGCCCCCCCCCCCCCCUUUACAAAUAGUAUAACUUACCGUAUACAGUAUAACAUGGUUAUAGCGACCAUCUAGGGCUAUUGAAAAACAGUCACUAUAUAAAAAACUUGGAUAUAUUUAAUACAAUUUUUUGUAUUUUCCUCUCAUAGGGGAAUGAAUGUCACUUCACAAUAAGUGUAAAUUUGUUAUAAGCAUGUUCAUUGUGUGUUUUACUGUACUGUAAUUCAGUUAUAUCUUUGUGCAUUUACUACCUAUGUUGUUUUGACGAUUUGAAAUAAUUAAUCUUUUUCAGACCCGAGUGGAUUAAAUUAUCAUAAAAGAAAGUAUAACAAAAACUUAUUUAGAAUUUAAUGUUUAUAUAUAUUUUCCAUUUCUCUAAUUCAAAAUUUCACUGGAAGUAUUUCAACACCUGCACUUAAUUCCAUAGUGUUAAAAUUACCCCCUCCCCAUCCCAUCCCAGUUUUCUAAGUGCCCAGGGCGCUCAGUACUAAGGAUGAACACAGUAAACAUUUUACUCAUGUGAUAUGACUAUAUAUAUAUAUUUUGAAUAUAGUUCAGAUGAACAAAAAUCAUUUUUUUUUUUCAUCAUUACUCUCCAUUAUCAUUAUGAAAUAAGCAUUUUUUUACUCUUUUUUUUUUUUUUAUAUAUAUAUCAAUGUAACUAUGAAUUAUAAGUUAUCUACACAUGGUGUGUACAAUUGUUAAAUGUUAGAUUCUGGCUUUUUAUAUUCAGUUCAGGGUUAUGUUAAUUUUUUUGACAAAUUAAGUUUUUGCAGCUUUUUCAGAAAAUUUGCUAAUAUGUUGUUCCACUCUGUUAACAGCAAAAUCAGUCAGUUUUAGAAAAAGUUUAUAAUUUCACAAAUAUUUGCCUGUUAUGUAUCUGUAAUCUUGUUUAUAUAGUAGUAUUGGCACAUUUUCUUAAAUUAAUUAACAUUUUAGAUACUGAACCGUUCAGAUCCAGUUUUAAUCAUCUCGUCCUCAUUGAUUCCAUAUUCCAUGUCUUGUGCCUUACUUCACAUAAGGGGUGGUCUCAAGGUGGGAUUCAUGACAUUCGCAGGUUGAUUAAGGGCAGUAAAUUUGCCACACAUUGAGGCAGCUAAAUUUUAAUCCCUUGUGUUAUCAUUUUUGAAAAGUGUUCCAUACCAUUUUUACUUUAGAAAUAGCCUCUAGGACAAUUCAACACUUCACACUCACAAAAUUUAUUUUAUCUUAGUGAGUAAUAGAGUAAUUUUUUCACUGUUUGUAAAUUUUAGGGAAAAAAAUGUACUUCAUUUGAAAUAAUGAAGAAAAUAUUUUUUAAAUGAUUUUAAAGUAUGAAAAUUAGUUUGCUAAAAAUUUGUAACUCUACGACAUUUUAUACUGUAGCUAUACAUAUACAUUAGGACAAUUUAUCAGGACAAGGAAGGUUUUUUCAGAGAUGAAUGCGCCCAUCAAAGACGGGUCAUAUUAUGGUGUGGUGCAGUUUGUUUGUCCGACUGUGCAUCUGUUUGUCAGCACGUUGUGGGUCAGAUAAAAACAGUUCCUAUAAGGCUAGGAUCAUCAAACUUGGUACACAAGAUCCCAGUGAUUAGAGGAAGAAGGGUGUUGUUUAAUUGUUAUAGGGACAUGGACACGAUUUGAAUUAAAAAAAAUUCAAAUUUUAUUUUUUCAUUUUUAAUGUGUACAAUGCUUAACUAAGAUAUUUCUAAUGGUCAACCAAAAUUUGAAUGUCAGUUGUCGAGGUACAGGGGAGAUACAAAGCUCACAAUUCUUUAAAAUUGUUAUGUAAACAAGGUUUGUGCCAUGUUUUUGUUGCAUAGGUUAAAUAUACUAGUAAAAGCUUCGUUUAAAGCAAACUUUUGCAAGAUACAAGUUAUUUCUGAACACAAUUGGAUAGUUUUCAGUGUUUGGCAUAUCUCAUUUUCGUUUUAAACAUGUUAUUUUCUAUUAACAUGAUUAAACAAUUUAUACGUAAACAAAAACAUGGCAUGAGCCUUAAAUUGUUUACAUAACUACAAAUUGUGAAUCACCUUUAACUCAACAACUGAUAUUCAAAUUUUGGAUGACCAGAAAUAUUUUAGUUAAGCAUUGCAAGCAACAGAAAUGGAAAAAUGAGUAAGUCAAAGUUUUUUAUUUGUUUACUCAAGGCUUAUGAAAAAUUGUUGAAGGUGCAAACUAAUAGUUUAGAGAUGUGAAACGUAGAUUAGCAACUCUGAUUUAAGAAGUAAAUUCAAUUUUUGAAAAUACAUUAAAUUAGGGUAUGAAUUGACGAUGAUGCUUCACGCCAGCAUAUUUCAUGAAGCGCUGCGAGUGAAUAGUACAUCAUAAAAAGUUAAUAUUUUCAAAAAUGAAAUUUAUUUUUUCUAUUAUAUUUUACUUUCAUUUGUCAAAAUUCCCAGCUGUUAAAAUAGACAUUCUAUAUUCAUUAUGUAGUUCUAUAUUCAUAAGAGCAAUUGUUUACAACUGCAGCACAUUCAUGAGGAAGUACCUAUCAUUACAAUUUGUAAAAAUAUCAAAGGCAAAACCAUUGGAAAUGUAAAUAAUAAGCUCUGUAAACUUUUUGUUAAUAAAUAUAUAUAUAGUUUAUGACUGAUAAACCUGUAUAUGUAUUAGAUGUGGAAACUAUGUUGUUCUCAUUGAUGUGAAAGUAAAUCCCAUAUUUAUGGGCUUUUGGACCUACUUAAUUUCGGUCCAGGUAACUCAAUUGAGGGAUAUCAGCAGUUCAGACUUAGCUCACAGAUUUAUUUUUGUAUGUACAGUAAAAUAUGGUUAAAACAAACAUGUUUACAAUGACAUAAUUCUACAGUGAAAUGCUUCUUAUUCCCUGUAUUAAUUUUGUUUAUAGCAAAUCAAACUUUUUCAUCCCCAGCACUCUGGUAUAAGCGUGUUUUACUGUAUGUUGUCUGACGUCCCAUUCGAGAAUUUUUCACUGAUGUAGAGACGUCACUAGCUGUAGGUGAAGAAAUUGUCUUAAAUUUUGACCUUUGCAUGGCACUCAGGGCCUUAGCAGUGAGGGUUCUUUAUCGUACCAACGCCUUCCAUGACGGGAUCUCCGUUAUGUUAAGGUCAUCUCCUAAGACCUGUGACUUUCACUUAUAAUGUUAAGAACUAGGUGAAGGAACAGUCACUUAACGUGCAUCAAACAUCACAAGGAGGUCACGCUGAGAUCCAGAAUCAAACUUCAGACUCCGGGUUGCUAAGCGAGCCCCCUCAUCACCAUACUACUGAGACCACUGGACGCAAAUAUUGUUUAUUACCAGAAUGACAAGAAUUCAACAUCCUUACCCUUAAGGGCAAUCCAGUGCUCAAAGUUUUAAAUAUGCACUGUCUUCACACAAAACUUCUAAUUCAUGAUCUAUGUUGUGUAAUCUUCAGGCGACCUUUAAGGUCCAUGGGUCUUUUGCCUCUUAUACCAAUCUCAAAAUUUAUCCUCGUUUUGGCAGGGGGUAUUUAUGAGGACUCCCCAUUAUUUGCAUGUGUUAUUAGACAACAGUUCAAUCAUGCACCGACUCCCUAAUUAAGAAUCAAAGACGUGACUCAGAAUUUCUUUAUUAUGGAAUAUAUUAUCAUGAUAUUGUCAUUCAUACAGCCAUUCAAAUAUAUCUUAGGUGACAUAUAUCAAUUUACAAAUGUUGAGCAAAUAUAGUUUAUCCUAGAUUAUAUUGACUCAUUUUCUAUUUCUUGUGCUUUUAAGAUAGUGUUUGUGUUUGUGGACCAUAUGCCUGUAUUCAGUUUUACUGAUGAAUAAUUGUUUUCAAUGCUGGUCAAAUGAAACACUUAUAAUUCUUCCUUGUUUAUCACUGAAUUUUUAGAAGCAUUGUUAUUUUUAGCAUUGUUAUGUUUUUUUAGCUUUUCUAUACAAUUUCCGAUACUCUUCGUUACACCGUAUCAAAUAAAUUUAUAACUGUGAUAUUAAGUUCCUUUUUUAUCGGGGUUCGGGAUAGAAGCAGCAUUUAUGUAUAUCUGGAUCAUUGCUUGUAUUGUGUAUCUUAUUGUGUGAUUAUAGAUUAAUAAAACUAUUUGUAUGCAUUACCA